AUGUUGUCCAUGCUUGCAAGAAAGGCCGCUUCCAUACACAAUCAACGUUUCAUAGUGAAGUUGAGUGCAUUCAAUUUAUGCUGCAACUCUCUCACUACCGUUCCCAAUAAGGAUGAUGGUGCUUCUGCCAGAACACUAUCCGACCCACCUUCUGAGUAUAAUUCUAGUAGCAGCCUUCAUCUUUCGCCGUUUUUGUCCAACUUCAAUCACCCCUCGAGUGAUUUUGACAUUGAGCUUGUCGACCAUGAUGCUUGGGGGGUCUCAUCUGUGGUGGCACAAGCCUGGCGACAAGGGGAUUUGCCUGCAUCAGAAGAUAUUUCUUGUGGUCAGCAUGUCAUUGAUGAAUCCCUUGAUUCUCAUUCCACGGAUGUUGAUGGUGAACUUGAUUUUGAAGACAUAGACAACAUGAGAGUUCGUGGCAGUCUGUUCUAUAAGCUAGAGCGUAGUUCCAUGGAGUUUGAAGAAAAAAAGAUUUUAUCACCUCUCAACUUGCAGAAGAAUCGCAUAGAAAACUCCAAGAAACUCUCUCUUCUCCUUUUACUUUAUCUUCACCAUUCUUCAUCUUGGGGAAUCGCCAAAAAAUCCACAAAGAACUUCAAUCUUCCCCUCUAUCUGCAAUCUUCACGUAGCUUCAUCAUCAUCAAUUCUUCAAUCAUUGAGAAGCAUCACAAAAAACUCAGAGCUACAAAAUCUCUCAUUUUCUCUGAUUCAUUCUGCAAACCUCCACAAAUUCUGAAGAACCAUCAUUGCAAUCAAUCAUCAAUCCACAAACUUAAUCUUUCAUCAAACUUCAAUAUGCAUCACAAAAAACAUACGUCAACACCACUUCUAGAAUUGAUUCAACGGUGCAUCAUAAUUUGCGAUUCUCGGUAA